AUGGCGGCAAUGUUGCGAACUUCCCCAGAGGCCCACGCCAGGUUCGUCCCGUCUCUGCUAACCGGUUUUCGCACUUCCAGGCGCGCCCUCGCCACUUCAGUGGCUCGCGUUUCCCUUUCCGUUUCUUCCUCUGCUCACGCUGAGGUUGUCGAGACCGCUGCCGUGGAGGGGAAGUCCGCGCGAUGGAAGCCCACAUGCCUAUACCACACACAGGGGAAGUGUACUCUGGUAUGCUAUCCGCAAAAUGCAGCCGCGAGGCGAUGCAUUCCUCUUUCCCGACACCCUGUUCCGUCUGAGUGUUUUUGAUAUGCAGCCCACAUGUCUGUUUAUAUGUCUCUUGAAAAGAAUCUUUGCCUCUCUGAUAUAGUUUCCGCAUUUACUAUUUUUGGUCCACUGGCAGCCCUCGUGAUUUACACGUUUGCAUGCAACGUUUUAUCGACUCGUCUUACUAAUGGAUCUACUUUUGUAAUAUGCUCGAAGGGUUGUGUGGCUCCUAAGAUUUAGGCCUUGCAGGGGGGUAUCCUAUGUUUGGUUUGAAAGAAAAAUCCAAAUUCGUGAAAUUGAUAUGCCAACUCUUCAAUUAUUCGCAAAAAAUUAGGACUAUUUUUAUUUUUAGUAAAGUAUUGAUUUGAGCAAGCUCAAAAACCAUUGCAAUCAUCCACAAAACACGGAUAAUAUCCAUAGCUAGAAUUUUCGCCAUUUAAAGAAUGAAAUCUUUUUAUUGCAUUGAACUUGCCAUGUUUUCUCAAAAACGAAUAUUUUGAAUCGUUUUCAUGUAGCACUGUUUUCACGAUUGACCUUGGAGAGGUGGUUUUUUCUCUUACGUAGCUUUAUUGUGCAAUAUAUUGCUUCUUCUCAGAUAAUUUAUUCUUAACUGGGUUUUCUUUUGUCUAUAUUCAUAUAUUUGUCUAUGCUCAGACAUGGCUUGUGUAAUCUGAAUUAUUCUGUAUAAUGCAUGAGUACACACCUAUUUUCAUUCGAUGAUUUCGUUUUAAACCAUCUAUAUUGAUGGUGAAAAAUAUCUCGAUUUCCUUUCUUGAGAAAAAUUCUGACUAUGUGGGGUUGGAUCACCCCUAAAAUGGCUUCUUGCUAUUGGAGUUUCUAUUGCUUUAAAACUUUUAUUCGCACCCGCUAUUGAUUAAACCUAUGUCUUGUGAGUAUAUUCAAAAUUCAGCGGUUGGAACCGAUUUCAUUUUUAAACUUUUAUUAUUAGCAAGGUAUUGCUAAGAAAAUAUUGUGGACAAAUGACGUAACCAAGCACACAGACUCAAGCAUAUGUGAGAUAUAUGACCAUAUCAAUCCUCUCGUCCAACAGUUGGUUUAGCUUGGCGUUGGACUUGUCCUCAAUGAAUUCUACAUGUACCUUAAAAAUAGGCAGGUAACAAGUACUUGAGAAAAUGUUUUGAGAUUGGAUCUUAGGUCAAGAUAAAAUGGGUUGAUCUAUGAAGACUUAUUCUUCUGGUUAUUUAAUAUAUUAUUCUAGAAGGAUUGGGUUUUGGAGGGUUGUUUCUGGACAUUGCUUGGAGUCAUAUCUUAAUUCGCCAAUCCAAAUAUUUAUCAAACCAAUUCUCUAACAUGGGCUUGAUGAACUUAAUCUGAGACGCAUACUGAUAAAUGCUCAGCAAGUUGUUAUCACUUGAAAUAAUGCAUAUGCUUUCAAUGAUAAUGUUUUUUUCGUUAUACUUAGUCAAUAUUCCUUUCAAAUGCAGAUGAAUGAUCCUUUACAUCUUGAGAAGUUCAAUCACGAUUUUUCAGUGAAUCUUCAAGUCAACAAUUCAUUCAGGGAUAUAUGUUCUCAAGACUUUGAUUAUUUUGUGAUCCUUGAUCUGGAGGGAAAGGUUGAAAUCCUUGAGUUUCCUGUCGUGGUUAUUGAUGCCAGGACUGCCAACUUCAUGGAUGCAUUUCACAGGUGGUCUUGAAGAAUCUCAUACCCUCGUGCUUACCUUAAUUUUUUUUUUUCUUCUUGUUUUUUUGUGAAAAUUUUGGGACAAAAAACCGGUAAAAGUUGCUAAAAAAUAAAAGGUAUUGAUACAUGGUCACACAAAACUGAAAUAACUUUUGAGUUUCAUCUCAGAAACUUCAAACAAAGCAAAAUAAAGCAGGGAAUGUAUGAGUCGCGAAUUUAGAGAAACUGAUCCACUGCGUAGAAUCAAAAUCUAAGGCUCUACCUGAGAUAUAGGUCAUUGCACGUCAGAUACAGCCACGAUAUGCACCAUUGGCAUGUGCGGCCAUGCAAACGACUAAGUUCCAGCCAAUUCAUGAUAUUAUUUGGACCAUGGAAAGACUUGAUCACACAUUGAGCCAAAAGAUACUGUUGUCAAUCGAGCAAUCAACAUACUUGGGAAACAUUGUAUCUGAACAAAAGUUUUUAUGAUCACAAACUCUGAUUGCCACUUGUCAUGAAGAAACACUGCAUCCAGUUAGUGGUAACACCCGUUUUGUCAAUCUUUUUCAAUCUCUGAAUUUCUCAGAAUCCCUUUCUUUGCAUUGUAAUAACUCCAAAGAAUAGUUUUUAGGAUCUGCUUCUCUUGGCAGAUAAUGCCAGGGAAUUGAGCGGUCCCUUGCUUUUCUAAAAUCAAUACCCUCACCAAGCAUUCUAAUUCUAUAUAUAAGUUUUUGGCAUUCUCACAUCAAUCAACAAGAUUAGGACUCAUUCCUGCUGAGGCUUUGACAGUUCAAAGAACAUCUGUCUGAGGGCCCUCAGAAAAGGAUUUAUUCCCUGCUUGCUGGACAGAUGUUGACACCCAGACCUCUUUAAGACUGAGCCCACUUUCUCACAUGAAAGUGCCUAUUAAGGUAUAAAGUAACAAGCUAAUUGGUCUUUUGGUGACAACUAUGAUACCUGUUACAAGAUACAACAGAAGCAGGAAAGGGAAAACUGACUUAGCCCUUCUCAGGGCAGUACGUCAGUAUUUAUAUUGGCGUCUAAUAAACCUUUGUGGUAUUACAGAAAGGUCUAAUAACAGAAACGCGAAAAAGGAAAUGCAACUAAAAAUAGGACAGAAAGGAAAAUAGAAGGAAAGUCUAAUAUAGAAAAACUUGUUCUGUGUAACACUCCUCAAGUCAGUGCGUGGAUAUCAUUUAUGCCCAGCUUGCUCCUUUGUUUCUAGAACUCUGUAGUAGAAAUGCCCCUAGUUAAUAUAUCAGCCAACUGAUUUGUAGAUGAGACAUACUCUAUGCAAAACGUCCUUGAUUCAAGUUUCUCUUUAAGAAAAUGUUUGUCUACUUCAAUUAAUUUGGUCUUGUUAUGCUGAACAAGAUCAUGUGCAAUAUUUAUUACGGACUGAUUGUCACAGAACAAGGUAAUCGAACCUUCCAUGGGUAUUUGUAAGUCAUUUAGUAUAUUUUUUAUCCAAAUGUCUUGACAAAUCCCAAGGGUCAUAGCCCUAAAUUCUACUUUAGCACUUGAUUGAGCCACAACUCUCUAUUUUUGGCUUCACCAAGUCACCAAAUUUCCUCCAAUGAGACAACAAUACUCAGUAGUAGAGCGCCUAUCAUCAAUUGAACCAGCAUAAUCAGCAUCGGUAUAGAUGCCUACUGUAAGAGAAUCUCCCCUUUUAAAUAGGAUUCCCAUGUCAAUUCUUCAUUUAAGAUAGGCUAGGACUCGUUGAGCAGCUUGAUGAUGCACCUCCUUAAGGUCAUGCAUAUAUUGGCUUAGCACUCCAACUGAGUAAACGAUAUCCAGUCUAGUAUGGAUAGAUAGAUUAAUUUUCCCACUAGUCAUUGAUAAGACCCCUUAUCUACUUGAUCUCUUUCCUUUGAAGCCCAAUACAAUGCUUUGCUUCAAUUGGGUACAUGUUGGUUUACAAUUACUCAUGCCUGUAUAUUUGAGUAAAUUUGUAAUAUACUUUCUUUGAGAUAGGAAUAAAUUUCCACGAGAGUUAGGCUACCUCAAUUCUCAAGUAGUAUUUUAAAGACAAUUGUCAGUUGUUUUUAAAGAGAAGUGAUUUCUUGCAUAUUGUCUCUUGUGACAGUCAUGUUAUUGACAUAUACUAGUAAGAUCAUCAUUUUUUCUCAACUAGAUCGCUUAUGAAAUAAGGUAUGAUCUCCAUUGGCUUGCUUGAACGCCAAAGCUCUCAUUGUUUUGGUUAAGCAGCCAAAUCAGGCAUACUUUCAGAGUAUCAUUUGGGUCUUUGUACCCUGGUGGAAGCUCCAUAUAUAUUUCUUCUGAGAUUUCUCCAUGUAAGAAUGCAUUUUUCACAUCAAAUUGUAAUAAGGACCAUCCAUAAUGCACAUCCAAGGAUAUUAAUAUCCGAACUGUUCCCAUCUUUGCAACUGAAGCAAAGGUCUCCAAGUAAUCAAUAUCAUAACAUUGGGUGAAGCUUUUUGCCAUCAGUCGGGCUUUAAAGUGCUCAACAAUCCCAUCAGAUUUAUACUUAAUAAUGUAUACCCAUCUGCAACCCAUGGUUUUCUUCCCUUUAGGAAGUAGCACGAGUUCUCAAGUUUGAUUCUUUUGUAGAGCCAACAUCUCCUCAUCUAUUGAUUUUUUCCAUAGAAGGCUUCUUAAAGCUUCGUUAGUGUUUUGAGGAGUAUCGUGUUUAUCAAUAGCUGACAAAAAUGACUUAUAUUGUGAUGAUAGGUGAUGAUAAGAUACAUUAUUGCAACAUGAAUAUACCUAUUUCUUUGUACAUUCUCUAAUUCCUUUGUGAAGAGCAAUAGGACAGAUUUCAUCUCCUUGAGUAAUAAGAAGGUUAUGUUGAUCAAUCGGUGAAUUAUCACAUUUAAUAAUAGAAUCAUGGGCAUCUGCUGUGUCAGGCAGAUCCUAAUGGGUAUCUACUGCGUCAAGUUGUUCAUGGGCAUCUGUUGUGUUAGGUAGAUCUUGUUCAUGGGUAUCUCUGAUUAUCUUUGGCUUUCUUUGAUAAUAACUUCGACCAAAUCAAUUUGGUGGAGGUGGAGGUGCUGAAAAAUUUAUUGGUAUCAUUUCAGGAGCUUCAUUCUCCUUGAGAAUUUCAAUGUGUAAAUCGUGCUUUUCUAGCAUAGGAAUAUCACAACUAGAUACUUGAGUUGUUGUAUGCCGGAAAUACAUGUUACUUUCAUCGAAUGUGACAUUAAUUCUCACAAUAAUUUUUGAUAUCUUGGGUCAUAAAAUUUAUAUCCUUUUUGUGUAUUGAAAUAGCCCACAAAGGUUGCCUUUACAGCUCUAGGGGCAAAUUUAGACAGUCCAUUUUGAGAUUGAUGGAUGUAUGCAAUACUCCCAAAUAUUCGAAGAGGUAAAUCUGGUCCAUAUUACACAGUCGGAUAAUGACCUUGCAAUAAGACUUUGGGAGUCUUAAAUAUUAAUGCUUUUGAUGAGAGAUGAUUAACAAGAUGAGUGGCUGUUAGUACUACCUCACUCCAUACGUACUUCAACACUUGGGCUUUAAACAUGACAACCCUUGUUAUUUCCAAUAGUUGGCCAAUCUUUCUUUCAGUUACCUCAUUUUGAUGGGGUCUAUAAGGGCAAGAGGAUUUAUGAACAAUGUCCUACUUAGCAAAGAAAAUGGAGACAAUAGAAUUGAAAAAAUCGUCAACAUUGUCUAAUCAAAAUUUCUUAGGAGUUAUAUUGAACUGAUUUUGAAUUAGCUUGAUAAACCUCUGAAUGACACUAUGGCUUCUGAUUUUAUUUUCAUUAGGUAAAUUCAUGUGAACCUAGUAUAGUCAUCUACAAAGAUGAUAAACCAUCUAAAGUCCCUAAGACCACUAGAUGAAGAAGGACCUCAUAUCAUAAUGUAUUCUGUAGAAAAAGGAUUUACUUUUAUUUCCAGUAGAGGGAAAUGAAAUUCGUCGCUGCUUAGCCAUUUGACAGGGUUCACACAUGAAAGUAGAUUCACCAAUUGCAUGACAUAGUUUUGGAAACAAGUAUGGAAGUACUUUUAUGGACGGAUGUCUUAAACGACUAUGUAACAACAACAAUUUGUUCAAGGGAGAAGUAGAAGCAAAAGUAGAAAUGUGUAGUAGAAUCCAUCUGUGCUCUAACAUGCCCAAUCCUCCUGCCUGAGGUCUUGUCAUAAAAGAAAUAGAAAUCGUCAUCAAAUAAUAUCAGACAAUUCAAGUUUUUACCCAAUUUUCUCAAUGACAAUAGAUGUGCAUUCAACCUUGGAACAUGAAGAACAUAUCUUAAUGACCCUAAUUUCUCAAGAUGAAUUGAUCCAAUACUAGCUACAGGUAACAAACUUCCACUUACAGUAAUAAUCUUUCGAUUAUUGGUACAUACCUCAUAUGUUAUGAAUAGUGAUGCAUAUGGUGUCAUAUGGUCAGUAGCUCCAAAAUCAAUGAUCCAUGACACUUUUUGAGGUGAAGGUGAAGGUGAAGGUGAUGGAAAAUAUUUAGGGAAAUAUUUACUAGCAUGUGCAAGAGAAGUGGAGUUGAUCAUGCUCCUUAGCUAUUCAAUUUCUUCUCUGAGUUUUUCAAUUUCUAAAGGCUCAGAAGAAGUUGAUCCGUCUUGACUAACUCCUCCGUAAAUCAUGGGCUCAACACCAUCUUCAUUUUGAGCAUUAGCCAAAUGCAACUUACCAUAAUUCGGUGGUUUGCCAUGGACCUUCCAGCAUGUCUUCCUAGUGUGACGAUUUUUCCGACAAUAAGUAUAAAAUAGGUGUGCCUUCGGAUCAGUCUUAGGAUCUCCUUUGAUGAAUGGUACUUCACUAUCCCCCUUUUUUAAUACAUAGGUAUCUUUACCCUUGAGAGUGUUGAAUGCAACAUUUUCUAUCUUUAAAUUAUUUCUCAAAUUUAUAGUAUUUUCUUCUUGUCUGGUUAAUGCAAUUGCCUCUUCAAUAUCUGGUAUUACUUCUCAAGCAAGGAUCUGAUUUACUAGUCUCAUAUUCUAGAUUUAGCCCCAUCAGAAAUUUAUACAACCUAUCUUUUAUGACAUAAUUUCGUUCUUGAGUAUCAAGAUUAUUGAUUGGUCUGUAGUGGUCGAUUUCUCUCCAGAUAGAUUCCAAUUCGCAAGAAUAUUCUAGAACAGUCAAUGUUCCUUGUACCAAAGUCAGAGAUUUCUGUACCAAUCUAUAAAUUUGGGAUUUGUCAUGUUUAGUAGAGUGAACACGACGAACAUUGUCUCAUAAUUUCUUCACAGAUUUAAAAAAAAAAUCUCACUUAUCUUUAGUGAAAUAUUGUCUAGCAUCUAAUACUGAAUCAAUGUUUCUUCUUCUUUCCACUGAUAAUAUCCUGAGUUGUCAAUACUUGGCGAGGAUUGUGUUAGGUGACAAUCCAGAUUCCUCAUGUAGAAUAAGUUCCACAUAUGAUGUCCAUUGGAACAAAUUGAUUCUGUCAAAUCAGAAUCUCUCAGCAAUUUUAAGUAGAUCUGAACAUAUCUUAAUUACUUCAAAUGAAUGUCUUGGACCAGAGGAGGAAGAUUCACUAACCUUUGUCUCCAUGUUCUUCAGCCAUGCCCAGAUAGCCAAAAAAAAAGUCUCAAACAGAGAUUCCCUGAUGUGGUUUAAAUUACAGUUUUUGUUCAAGAAACGGAGGAUAACCACCACUGUCAAGAAACGACAAUGGUGUAUUUGCAGACGUCCGCCACCGUCAGGAAAUGACAACAAUGUAUUCGUAGACGUCCUGCCACUGUCAAGAAUCGACAAUGGUGUAUCUGUAGAUGUUCCCCACCGUCAAGAAACGACGAUGGUGUAGUGACUCUCCAAGGAAUCCACUGGUCUGCUUACAACCAAGAAACCUCAUGAUUUCAGGUACUUCAGGUAGGAAGAAGAUCACCAAGCGACACUCCCUACAGCGUGGAGUCAUCAUCGCCACCAAGGUUGGUUGAUCUUCCAUUGGCAGUCUUCACGCAGGAUUAGAGAGAAAGCUCUGAUAUCAUGUUACGAGAUAUAGCGGAAUCAGGAAAGGGAAAAUUGACUUAGCCCUUCUCAGGGCAGUACACCAGUAUUUAUAUUGGCAUCUAAUAAACCUUUCUGGUAUUACAGAAAGGUCUAAUAGCAGAAACACGAAAAAGAAAAUACAUCUAAUAAUAAGACAGAAAGGAAAAUAGAAGGAAAGCCUAAUAUAGAAAAACUUGUUCUGUGUAAUAAUACCAAAUAUUCAAGGGAAUCUUGAUAAAACCAGGCUAUCUUUAACAAUAACUUUUUCUCAUAAUUCGUAAAGUAUUGGCUAGGCAUGCAGCUAUCCAAGCAAAUAAAGAUGUGUUCACAUCUUUUCUUGGCGAGGAGCUCAUGUUCAUUGCAUUCAUGCAGUAAUGUUAUUUUCAGAUUAUAAUUAAUAUUUCAUUUUUAUUUUUUUUAUCAUUAUACCACUUACAAAAUUAUAUGGCUUUCAUUUUCGUGAUAUUAGUACCUCAUGCAUAGCUAUGUAUAUUUGUAUAUCUUAUCUUAUUUUUCAUUAUUUAUUUAUUUAUUUUAUUCCAAAUUUUUUCCAUUGGUAAGAAAGGCCUUGCCAAAUUUUCGUUUCUUCAACUUCUCAUCUAAGCGGCAGUUGUACACUGGCUUACUCUCCACUAUUUCCUUAAAAAACUCGUUUUUUCUUUAUAGACAUGAUGUAUCUUUUCAGAUAUGUGGGAAAAAGUGCUCUGCACUUUACAAGGAGAACAAGAUACCUUUACCAUUGCAUCACAUAAUUUGGCAAGAUGCGAAAUGAGCAGACUGUACUGACCUUGCCUUAUGAUGAACAUUCUUUUCAUUGUAAAAAAGUCGUCAUUUUUUAUGUCUGAGAUUUUCUCUCAAAUUAUGCGCGUGAAAAAUUAUUGCCUGAUGGCGGAUCUGACUUUAGUCGUCCAACAACUUUCUUCCUGUAGGUUUGUCAGGCCAUGUCGAAUGGAUGAACAAAGAUUAAAUGAAUAUAUAGAAGGGAAAUAUGGAAAACUUGGAGUUGAUCGGUAAGUUGCUUCUUAAUUGAACUCUCAUCGUUGGACACAAAAUUCGUAGAAAUCUUGAUCCCAUUGCUUUUGUGACUAUAUGUUUCCAUGCAACACUUUUUAAACGAGGCCUGUGUAAUAUUUCAGCUUGAUCAAUUCCAUAACUGUUCCGAUCAAUUAUCUGUCUAGUUUUUGCUCAAACUGAAAAUUGUGUUAGAUGAGGUUAUAGUAGAUUUGUAUCUAGGAAGAUACUGUAAAACUUGGUGAGUUACGUUUUGAUUUUUUCUUUUCUUUUAAGAUUUGAUUAAUUGCUAGUGCAUUGACAAGAAACUGCUUGAGGGUUCUAACAAUUUGAGGUUCCUAUCUGAUGGACUCACUGGGCAAGUUUUCUGAGGAGAACCUAAUUGAAACCUAGUGUUAAGUAUUUUUAGUUUUCACGGUUGGAAUGGCUGUAAUCAUUUUCUAGGGACAGAGAGGAGUACUCCAUUGUCAUAACCACUUUGGCUGUAACGAUGUAGACGAGACAAGGGUGAACUAAAUGCUGCGUGUACGCAGGUAUCUUGAAGGUCUACGAGCAUGGAAAAUUCUCACUUGUUUUUUUUCUUGUUGUGUUUGGUCAUCUAUGGUGAUAUAAAUUAGUUGAUUUUGUGAAGGUGAAAGGGAAACCGACCAACCUUUAUUUUUAUGAUCUAUACUUUUUCGUGGAAUUUCAGACUGUAAAUAUUUAACUUGUAACUUCAAUAUCUCCGUUUACUGUGUAACCAUGUGACCCACCCCUUUUUCUGCUUGUGGUUUUAUUAUCUAAGGGCUUGAUGUUUUCUGCCAUAUUCCUAUGAAUUUUACAUUUAGACUAUGGCGUUUUUUAUUUUAAAUCAUUCUGGUGAAGGGCGAUCUCAUGCCUGUGGUUCUUCACAGUGUCUGGCAUGAUACUGCAGUCCCUUUCAAGGAAGUACUAAAAGAAUUUGAGAGCUGGAUGGUCGAUCAUAACUUUUGGAGCAAAGAGAUGGGUGGAUCGCUCAAUCGAGCGGCAUUCAUCACUUGGUUAGUUCACAUGUUUUCUUUAUCUAUAAUGUUUCUUCUUUGUGAUUUUGAUAGGUUUAUUUAUUCCCUUAUAGUAUAUGCAGAAGCUAGGUGUUAAAUUUAUACAAAUUAGCUACCUACAUUCGCAUGUUGAGUGGUGGCUGACGGAUACAUGAUAUCGCCUCUUCAAUGCCAGUGGGAACUGGGAUGUAAAGACGAAGAUCCCUCAACAGUGCCAUGAUUCUGGCGUGAAGCUCCCACCGUAUUUCAUGGAGUGGAUCAAUCUGAAGGACAUAUAUCUCAACUUCUACGAGAGGAGGGUGAGCAAACUUGACUGAAUUUCUCCUCAUCUUCAUGAGAUCCUUUACUUUUAUCCCCCCUUGAAAGCAGCUAUUACUCACCAUAAUGAACUCGGUGCUUCCCUGUCAUGUGUUCUAUGAUGAGAGUUUCUCUCCGAUGUUUGUAUCAUGACGCAGGCCACAGGGAUGAAGACCAUGCUGAGGGAGCUUAAUAUCCCGCUGCUGGGGAGUCACCAUCUUGGGAUAGACGACGCCAAGAACAUCGCGAGGGUGGUUCAGCGUAUGAUCACUGAUGGGGCUCCUCUGACAAUCACGGCGAGGAGGACUUCACCCACCGAGGUGAAGUUCCUCUUCAAGAAUCGAAUAAGAUGA